ACGUUUUACUAAUCAUCCAUUCUAAAGAGGCCUACGCUCAGAUGUAAAGGGCUUUUGUUUGUGAAAAUUUAGUUUGAGCCCGGCCCAUGUUAAUUUUCCGAUUCCCCAAUCAAGAAAUCCUGUUUCUGGAAGGUCGAUAAAAGCACGCCGAUCCCUCUUUCUUUCCGUCGUCCUCCUCGUCCCAAGUUCUAACCCGGCCGCCGCACAUCGCCAAACCCUAACUAGGGUUUUGCCAAGCCCUCUCCUUCCCUAUCCUCACCCCCAUGGACCCCUUUUCCAAGAAGCGCAAGCCCGACGAGAACGGUGCCGUCACCGCCUCUCCCGCCGGUGGGGCUGCCACGCUGGGCCUCACCCGCGACGACGUCAUCCGCCUUCUCGAGCCGCUCUCCCGGGACCAGCUUGCGGACAUAGCGGCCGCCGCCGCGCUCGUCUCCUCGCAAGCGCUCGACGCCGUGCGCGCAGCCGCCGACCGUGACCCGGCCCUCCGCAAGCUCUUCGUUCGGGGGCUUGGUUGGGAGACCACAUCCGACUCGCUCCGCGCCAUCUUCUCCGCUUACGGGGACCUGGAGGAGGCCGUCGUCAUCACUGACAAACCCACGGGGCGGUCCAAGGGCUACGGGUUCGUCACCUUCCGCCACGCCGAUUCCGCCGUCCUCGCGCUCAAGGAGCCAUCCAAGAAGAUCGACGGUCGCAUGACUGUCACGCAGCUCGCCGCCGCCGGCUCGGCUGGUGGGCCCGCCGGUGGGCCCGCCGGCAGUGGCGGUGCUCCUGUGUCUGAUGUGUCGCUCCGGAAGAUCUUCGUUGGUAACGUUCCGGCAGACAUGGCAUCAGAGCGUCUCCUUGCGCAUUUUGCCUCCUAUGGCGAGAUUGAGGAGGGGCCGCUGGGUUUUGACAAGCAGACGGGCAAGUUCCGGGGUUUUGCACUCUUCGUAUACAAGACACCAGAAGGUGCGCAGGCCUCCCUAGUGGACACGGUGAAGGUAAUUGACGGCCACCAGCUUGUAUGCAAGCUUGCCUUAGACGGGAAGAAGGAGAAGCAGGGGCAAUCACAGCAACCUGGACCUGGCAAUCACCAGCAGCAGCAGAUACUGCCGGGUGGUCCGCAGGACAUUCAGGGAGGGCUUGGGCUUGGGUCACAAAUGGGAGCACAGUAUGGUGUCCCUGGUACUGGUAUGCCUUCAUUUGGUUUUGGUGGUGUUGGCGGCGGGUUUGGGGGUCCAAAUCCUUAUGGUAACAUGCCAUCUUCCAUGGGUGGAGGUGGCGCAGGUGGUUUAGGGUCGAUGGGAGGCCAGGUGCCCAGUGGUUUGGCUAGUGCUGGGGCUGGUGCAUUUGGGCCUGGCGGAUUGGGUGGUGGUUCAUUUGGUGUAUCAUCUCAGUUCGGUGCUGCUGGGAUGGGGGCAUAUGGUGGCCUUGGAAUUGGUGGAGGCUCUAUGUACCGCAUACAACAGGGAGCAGGUGGGCUGCCUGCAGGCACAUUUGGUGAUGGAGGGAGCUACCCACCUCCAGGUUCUGGUUUCCGGGGCCAGGACCCUCAAGGUGGAAUGUCUCCUCCUGGUCCAGGUGGCAGGGCUCCUCCUAUGUAUCCCAACGUGCCACCUUAUUUCUAAGGUGUUUGCCUCUUGGGAGCAUAUCCGUUUCUUGUGCUGAAUUCAGAAGUGUUGUUACAUGGAUGUCUUGCAUAUUCUGGCUACUUCUGAUCUGAAAUGUGGAAUGAGUUUGCACUCCUAAAUUUUGCUGCUAAGGGAUACAUGAAGCUAGUUUGUUGUGAUAGUUGUGAUAAUGCUUAUCUGUGAUAAUGCUUCACAUGUACUUAUGACUGCUUUGCAGUUUCAUUUUCUAUAUAGAUAAAAGACCUUGCAUGAAGUGUAUGUUGUGUUGAUUAUCAUUGUAUUAUCAUAUGAAAUCCCUUUAUUUUCAUGGUCUGAUGAUGUGUUUAAUCUUAUGGCUUUCUAUUUGUGUAUAUUUUUGGUGGACCAAGGGCAAUCUAUAUGUAUGAUUGGUGAUUGUAAUGCACCUUCUCUUUUUUUCUAUAAGGUCCAAUUUAUAGUUAUAUCCCCUGCGACACAAAUAUCUCAUUAUAGUUAAUAUGGUUAUUGUUAGAUUGGAACCAUGAGCCACACUUUGGUGGUAACUGGAGAUUACAGGUCAUAUCGAAACCUGAAGUCAACUUUUUGUUGCUAUUUUUUAUUUGUAGAUAGGUCUGAUCUGAUCUGCUCCAUGAUUACAAGUUUAGAAAAAUUAUCUCACGUUUGUUUGAAGCUAGGUUUGACAUUUGCUGCUAUGAAAAUUUUAGUUUGUGUUGUGGAGGUGUUAGUUUUGCUUAAAAGGUUACAGUGAUUGGAUUGUGUUAUUGAGGGUAAAUGAUGCAGUUAUCUGCCUUGGUCAAUGUGGUGAUAGUUGUAAUAUUCCUAAUUUCUGAUUGUGAUUUGUUCUUUUCUAGGUUCAUGAUUUUUGAUAUGCGUCUAGAUAUAGAUUAUGUCUAGAUACAUGAGUAUCUCGAAAAAGCUAGCUACGGAGCCUUACAAUUUGGAAAGAAGCAAGUUGUGUUUUUGUGUACAUUAUCUUAUGUUUAGGUGAACAAGAAUGGCCUAGAAUUUGGAAUUGAGCAUUUUGCAGUCUUGGUUCUUAUUGAUUGUUUAUUAGUAGCCAAUUUAAAAGCCACUGAGGUGUUUUUUUCCUGCUAUGAGAAUUGUGCCACUAUUUAUAUAUAUAGUGGUACAUGUUCGAUGUAAAUUUGUACCUACGUUGCAAUGCCUACAUAUUAUGAUUCUUUGUUCUUUGUGGUAAUGCCUUUAUAUAUCUUGGAAUCUUUGUUUGUACGUCUUCUGUUUUGAUUUGGUUUGCUGUUCACUCCGAAAUAAUGUAAUCGACUGCCCAAAAAUGUUUUUAACUCUAGCGAAUAUACGUGAGGCAUGAACUACGGAAAAAUGUUUUUUACCCAAGCAGAUAUAUUCUUGAGGUCUAAUCAGGAAAUUAAACAGAAGCACGUUCCAUGUGCCUGGUAGCCCUGUAGACACCAGUGGCUGCAGUCGCAAUAUGUUAGUGGUGGUUGUUACUGCUCUUUGUAAGUGGUUUCCCUUUGCUGAGUAACUCGGUAAAUUGAUGGGUGUGCAUUAAUUCGUAGCUUGUAGAGAUGAUGUUCAUAUGUAUGGUAGUCGUUUCUGUCCUCUCGAUGUUUUUCUCGAUAAUGAUUACCAAACUUAUUGGAAAUGAUGGAGCGAUGGUUCUCUUAGAUGGAAACAAUUUGGUUGUAGCACCAAUUUGCGCUGCAUAAUACUACUAGAAGGGACGUGGUAAGUGAUAAUUUAGUUGGAUGUGUCUUUUCAAUUAUUAUUGUUCGAAAUGUGCACUUGUUCAGGUGAGACACUUGGUUCUAUAUUGUAGUCGACUGUCGAUCCACCUAGCCCAGGACAUCAAUGCUCCAUCGAAAGUUUUCUCACCUGCCGUCUGCGCCACCUUUCCGUCCCACUCGAGAUGACCCCAACUGCCUACAGAUGAGUAGGCUGUGGCAAGUGAAACUUGACAUUUUGGAGCUUGUGUACAUACGGCCUGAGUUUGGCGGUGAGCCCAGUGCCCGGUGUUGAAGAUGAGGUCGUCAAGUCCACUGCAACAUAGGCCCUGAGUUUGAUGCGUUCGUCUUUUGUUUCCAACUUCACGAGGAAGGGGCACCAGAAGAACACUGCGGAUUCUGUGUUUUUUUUAAUUGGGUGUGUCAGAACGAAAUGUGUUAAUUGAUUUUAGGUGCAAGAUUGUAGUCAAUUAAAAGAUAAAUAGAGAGCGUUGGGACUCUAGGAUA